AUGACCAGUGCAAAGUCCUUGGUGUCCACAACCAUAGCUUCCACCCCAGAACCUGGCAACAAUGACGUGGAACUGGACUGUUGGUUUAACGAGGAUUUCAAGUACAUUUUGCUGCCUGUGAGCUAUGCGAUUGUGUUUGUGCUGGGCCUAGUCCUCAAUGCCCCAACCCUCUGGCUCUUCCUUUUUCGUCUCCGACCCUGGGAUGCAACUGCUACCUACAUGUUCCAUUUGGCCUUAUCAGACACACUAUAUGUGCUGUCAUUGCCAACCCUCAUUUAUUAUUAUGCAGCCCACAAUCACUGGCCUUUUGGCACUGGACUCUGCAAGUUUAUUCGCUUUCUGUUCUAUUGGAACCUCUACAGCAGUGUUCUUUUCCUCACCUGCAUCAGUGUGCACCGCUACCUGGGCAUCUGCCAUCCACUGAGGGCACUGCGCUGGGGCCGCCCACAUGUGGCAUGCCUUGUCUGCCUGGGAGUUUGGUUGGUAGUAGCUGGCUGUCUCAUACCCAACCUCUUUUUUGUAACAACCAGCACCAAAGGGGACACCAUUCUGUGCCAUGACACCACUCGACCUGAGGAGUUUGACCACUAUGUACACUUUAGCUCAGCUAUUAUGGGGCUGCUCUUUGGAGUGCCCUGCUUGGUGAUUCUUAUCUGUUAUGGGCUCAUGGCCCAGCGCCUGUGUCAGCCCUUGCCAGGGGCCACUCAGUCUUCUUCCCGUCUUCGUUCUCUCCGCACCAUCGCUGUGGUCCUGACUGUCUUUGCUGUCUGCUUUGUACCUUUCCAUAUCACCCGCACCAUUUAUUAUGUGUCAAGGCUGUUGAAAGCUGACUGCCGGACAUUAAAUAUUGUCAAUGUGGUAUACAAGGUGACUCGCCCCUUGGCCAGUGCCAAUAGCUGCCUGGAUCCUGUGCUGUACCUGCUCACUGGUGACAAGUAUCGACGUCAGCUACGGCAUCUUUGCAGUAGAGGUGGGCCCCAGCCACCCGCAGCUGUCUCCUCUUUGGCGUUGGUGUCUCGAACUGAGGAUAACAGUUGCAGGUGGUCAGCCACCAACCAGGACAGCACUUGUUCUACCCCUCGGGCAAUUAAAUCGUAA